UGGCGAUUUGUCGGGCAUUUAUUGUCUAGCUUGUGUAUGUACUACAUUUUCUCAUAUUUGUCGAUCUAUUUUGGUUUUUGACUUAUGUCAUCGAUUCAUCUGAUUUUGGCCUGAUCGUAAUUGUGAAUUGAUCUAGAAUAGUCGAAAUAGAAAUUUAUAUAUUACCAACUGAGACGGUUUCGAUUGAAAAGAAAACAAUUAAAUAUUACAGAUGAAAGUAUAUGAUGCAAAAUCAUCAUAUGAUUUAUUGAUAAUCGGAUCAUGAAUUCGGCUGGCUCUCGCUAAUCAUCCAUCGUUCAAUUACAACGACGACAAACAACAAUAACGACAAACGAAUGCCAAAUUGAAUGAUAUCAAUCAAGUAAUUUUAAACGCCAACAUCAGAAACAAAUCGUCAAAACGUCAUUCAUGUCGACAUCGAAUUACAUUGGUGGAGGACCACCGAUGCCACCAUUACAAUCACAGCAACAACAACAAACGGAUAUUGUUUCUUCUAAUCUAAUUUCUUCACAACAACAACAACCGGCAACGUUGGAACAGAAUCUCGAACGGUUAUUCGCUUUGAGUCCAGUAGAAACCAAAGACGACUAUGAAGAGAAAAUGUGCCGCAAUUAUAAGUUCGUACAGGACCAGAUACAAGGCAAAUCGGAACAUCAGAUACACGAAGAGCUAACACGAAUGUGUCGUGAAAGUGUCACAUAUUCUGAGGAGAUUACUCUUGGUUUGAUCGUGUCGAUGUUGCUCGACAAUGGAAGUGAUAAUUCACAUCGUCUUUUCAUAACCAUCAUAUUGUCGAAUCGCGAUGGCGGAACUUUACUUUGUAGUUACAUCAAUCAAAUCACUACAGAAAAAUUUUUACGUCUUCACGAACAUGCUCGAAAUCGUUUACUAUUGUUGUGCAAAGAAUUGCUCAAAAGUUCCAUACAGAAUAUUGAGACUAUAUUCUAUAAUCUGAUGCGAAAUAUCGUGCCAAGUGAUAUGAGUCAACGGAAUCAAACUUUAGCCGAAAACAUUUUGAACAUUCUAAUCGAAUAUCGACUCUGCUAUGAUAGCAAUGUACCUCUUUUGCAAUAUGCAUUGGUCAAAUAUCUUCGACUAAUUGCCGACCUCAUGCCUCCUUCAAGGCUGAUGAUGAAAGCUGUGAAAUAUUGCCACUGUCUACUCACCGAACGUUUUGGUGAUUUUCUUGGCAUUGGACGAGAUUUGAUCCGUUUAUUGCAGCAAGUGUGUAGGAUAACUGAAUUCGAACAGCUAUGGAAAACGAUGCUUAACAAUCCAUCAAGUCUAUCUCCCAAGUUUAACCUGAUACAAGUAAUGCACACGAGAACUCAUCGUCGCUUCAUACGACUCCUCGUUACGUUUGACAUUGAGAAAAAAUUAAACUUUCUUAUCUCGCAAGUUCGUUUUGGAUCACAACGUCGCUAUCAGGAUUGGUUUCAACGACAAUACCUAAAUUCGCAAGAUAAUCAAUUGAUACGUACCGAUCUGAUUCGAUUUAUUUGCAAUUCGAUACAUCCGAGUAAUGAAGAGAUGGCUAUGGGAAUGGUUCCACGAUGGGCUAUCAUUGGUUGGAUUCUCAACUCUUGUCCACAAAAUGUGUCAUUACCCUGGUCACGAAUGGCCUUAUUCUACGAUUGGCUUAUGUUUGACAUUCAAGAUUCUAACAACAACAUGAUCAUGGAUCUUGAACCAGGCAUGUUGGUCAUGUACUUUUCACUUAAAAACCAUCCGGGUAUCACAGCUGCAUUGUUAGAUUUUCUAUGUCGGAUAUCCGUGGAAUAUUGUCCUCCAAUGGCCCAACAGAUCAAAAUGGGAAUUCGAAAUUCUUUAUUUCAUCUUGUAGACAAACGUGUCACCCCUUCAUUGGCUUUCAUGUUUGAUCCGACCAAGAUUGAGCAGCAUUUACGACAACUAAUUACGAAAACAUUUCCUGAUAUCCAAAAUAUUGCUGAUCUACAGCAACAGCAAUUAAUGUUUCAACCAGUGCUCUCACAGCCUCAACCGCCAUCGUUACAAGGUUCUGGAUCGGCCGGAAUCAAUGGUCAUCACUACUUGGCCGGAAGCAAUCAGAUAUCUACACAAGGACCUAUCGACCACUUGCCGCCGCAAACAACACUCCAACAACAGAUGCCAACAAUAAUGUAUUCACAGCAACAACAAUCGCAAAUUCCGAUGGUCAUGGGACAAGCACCUACUUCCAAAUUCAGUGAUGAUGAGGAUGAAUUGAUUAACGAUUCCAGUGAUACAAAUCCAAGACUUGCCUCCAAUAGUUCAGUUGUUGGUUCUAAACAACCAGCCGCCAAAAAGAUGAAAAAAACAAACAGCUUCUCGGGAACUAGUGGUAUUGUUUCGAAGCCAAUGAUCGCAACAGCUAAAAAAGUUUCAUCUGGCACCAUGGCAUUAAACAAAAACAAUGGUUCUAUAAAUUCGAUUGGUCAAUCUAUUCCUCCACCUUCUUCUUCUUCCUCAUCCUCACCAUCAUCUACUCCCACAUCUACCAUCAUAUCGAUGAAUAAUUCGACCGAAUAUAUAGCCAACAUAUUGAAUUCGACUGUGAUGUCAUCAUCCACCACUUCAUCCCCAUCGUCAGUCUCAUCAUCAUCAGGUUCGGCCAUUGUUGGGCCUAAUCAAAUGAGCCACAAUGGUCAACAACAAUUACACAUAGGACAACAACCACUAGGAAAUCCGGUAUCGGUAAUCAUGUCGCCUUCUACAUCGUCGAUGAAUCCCACAUUGAUGAUGGGACAUCAUCUCCCAAACGCCAAGAUAGCUUCGCCAUCGGUAGCUGAAGUCCCGAUGUUUUCUAAUCCUAAUAGUCCCAAUGGCAAUGAUUUAAACAUUCAGAUCAAGCCUGAAGUAGUAACCAUAAUCGAUGAAUCGAACAACAGUGAUGAUGUCACUCUUAUUGAUUCUUCUAGUUAUUCCUCGACCAUCAGUCAUCACCAAAGCCCUUACAUUGAACAUCAAUUAGAUUAUAAUUAUCACGACUCAUCGACAACAGUAGAGGAAAAGUCGCCUUACAGUCUAUCACCACAAGAAAUGCAAGAACAGAUCAACCAAAUAAAUUUGGAACCUAUCAAAUCCAUUAUUCAGCGCUUAUAUGAUGCCAGAAACCGUGCUGACCAGUGUGCUCAAAUGGAAGAACUUGUCAAAAAAUUGAUUCAGUCCAAUGAUGAAGAAGAUGAAGAAUCGCCAAUUGCCGAUAUUUUACCUAAUCUGACAAUCAUCUUGUCGGCCAUACUAGACGAGGAUAUGAGCCAGAAACGUUUUCCCGAUUAUUAUCUGCAUUCGUACACGAGUUGGUAUCAACCAGAUCAACGAGCAUUGAAAGCAUCGAUUGAUGGACCCCUGUUCACAAUGUUUGCCGCUUUGGUCAAAUGUCAUCGUGAAAUAGAAAAACCUAAGAGCAAUUUUAGUGACGAUGAUGAUGAAGAUGAUAAUGAUGAUGAUGAAACUAAUAGCGGUGGUCACAAUGCCAUUCAUCUUAAGCAGCUAGUGGCCGAAAUGGCUACGAACAAUGUAAGAAUCGGUUUCCUAUUUUUGCAUUAUCUGGUCGUUACGGGCAAUACAUUCGAUCGAAUGGCUGUCUACCGGGAUCUGGUUCGUUGCAUGUCCAAAGAUUUAUCGACGGCAUUAAUCGCUGAUCUGGAAACGGCUACCUGGCAUGAUCUGUAUAUAUUCUUCUACCUGAUACCUGCUGUGAUGAAAGCAUUUCCUACUAUUAUGGUGGGCAAUCUCGAUCUAAUCCGAAUGAUACUCGAAUUCGGUGAUUACAAUUCCGUUCAAUACCUGGUCAUUCUCAUACAACGUGAUCAAUUGCGAUUGUGCAAAAAAGAUUCUCUCUCGGUCAUCAUCUCGUUGGCCAACCAAUUCGAUCAUAUCCAGCAACAUCUACUAUGGGAUCUGUUGGAUGCUCAUGACUUUACUCCUGAUUCUUAUCUAAAUGCCUUGUCCAAAUUGGAUUCAAACAAUGACAUUUUAGGAGGAUUGAAUAGUCAUCUGGUUCAGAUGUUCAAACGUGAAAUGCCCACCAAUCAAUACCUGAAACAAUUUAUGGCUCGUGAUCAUCACAAAUUGAACGAUGCCUGUCUUGUGCUUAGCGUACUGUUGUACUGGGCGAAACGCUGGAAAGACAAACUUAGUGAAGUGAUUGGCACCUAUGUCUCUUCAAUCAUCAGUUCUCCAACUAAACGACACAAAAGGGUGUUGAACAAUGUCUCAAAGAACAAGAUGAACAAUACAGCCAACAUUGAACAGUUGCUUUUCUAUUUGGACGAAAUGAGACGAACAUUCGCCAGCAAUAAAGAUGUCAAUUUUUUCAACCAGGAUGCAUUGAUAGCCAUGUUGGUUCAAUUAAAGCAGAUCUGUACAAACCAACAAAAAACAAAAUAUGCCGAUCUAUUCACCGAUGUGCCUUGUGAUGAUAACGAUAAUGGCAGCAGUAGUAAUGGUAAGAAUGCCAGCUCAACCAAUAAUUCCUCGUCUACGGCAUCACAAUCUGGGUCACAAAGAAAAACGAGCUCUUCAAAUUCAUCUACAACUGGAGCUAAAAAGACUUCUAGUAAGAAAUCAUCAAAUCAAAAUACGACUGCCAAUAAUUCGGAUACAGAAUCCGAUUCUUCAGAAGAGGAUGUACCACAACGGACCAUAUCAAAAUCGAAUCUACGGAAUAAAAAACGUAGACUACCGGCUGGAUUUGACAGCGAUUGAUCAACUUACUGUACACAUCAACUUGUAAAUAAAACUACCAGAUCAACUCAUUUACAUCCAGCCCUACUAGACCACACACAUGAAUCGAUUAUAAUCAACCGAAAGUUGUCUUUAAUGGUCACUACAUGAUAUUUGCCUCAUUUUCUCAUCUGUGCAUAUAUUCGAUUAGAAAUUAUCUUUUUGUAAAUAUGUCUAAAUCAUCAUUUCAAAUAAUAACGAGGAUUUAAGAUCAUUGUAAUUGAAUGUGAACAUGUCUAGCACAGAAUUUGCUAAUGAAGUGAGUGCGAAAAAAUAAAGUUUUGACGAGCCAUUAGGUUUGUUGCCAUGGUGA